UCUUGCUCUAGUUCUUUGUGUCUCUUGUCUCCUUCAUUCUCUCGCCCCCUAUCCUAGGUCUCCGUUGAUAGACCCUGCAGACCGGGGCACCUGGCGCCCAACGUGGGGCCUUUUUGGGUCUGGGGUCCGAGAGAACGUCGCUCUCCACUGGUCGACCACGAAGCAUAGGACCACCGCUUCAACCAAGAAGUAAGUGAAGAUCCGCACUGUGAUCGCCACAGAAUCUCCUGUCUGUGAGACUGAUCUGUUUUAAGGCUAUACGUGGGUUGUUUGGGAUCCCUGGGAUUCCCGCUGGACCACGCCAGUCAAAGGAGCCAUGUAUAUAACUAAAGAUGAAACCUGGCCUAGCAGCCGUAUUUAUAUUUGGCGUGCUCUUGUUCAAGUUCAAACAACCCUUCAUGCUGAAAUUCAAACACAUGAGAAGGAGCUAAAUACACAGCUCUCAGUUUUAUCUACACACCACCCCUUUUCCUGGCUAUCUCUAUUAAGAGAAGGCCUAGUGCUUGCCAAUAUCACUGGCCUUGGCAAUGUUUCUGCAUGUUUUCUUUGUGCCGUAUUAGGACGUCCCCCUUUGACGGCAGUUCCAUAUCCCACCUCAUUAAAUACUUCUGAUACAUCUAGUAAGGCCUUUUCUCCCAUUUUUGAAGUUUCUUUGUUCCUAGCUCCUGAACAAGAACAAUUUAGGUUUUGUUAUUCCAAUGCUAGUACUAGGUUGUGCAAUCAGACUACCUCACCUGCCGCAGAUCUUAUUGCUCCUGAUGGGUUUUUCUUUUGGUGUAACAAUACCCUUUUUAAAAAUCUUUCUAGCCAAAUAGAUGAGAGAUUGUUAUGCCUUCCAGUUACCUUAGUACCCCAGUUGACCCUGCUUACCCCUGCUGAGUAUUUAGGUAGGGACAGCCCCUCAUCCCCUAGAACAAAACGGGCUGUUUUUCUUCCUUUAGUGGCUGGUGUUUCUCUUGCAACAUCCGUUGUGGCUGCUGGUCUGGCUGGAGGCGCCUUGGGUCACUCCCUUCUUACCACUGCUAAGCUCUCUCAACAAUUCUCACUGGCAGUGGAAGCCUCGGCUGAAUCUUUGGCCUCCCUACAGAGAAAACUAACCUCCCUUGCCCAAGUUGCCUUACAGAACCAGCGAGCUUUGGAUCUCCUGACCGCGGAAAAGGGUGGCACCUGUUUGUUUUUGAAAGCAGAGUGCUGCUUUUAUGUUAAUGAGUCUGGUUUAGUGGAGACCCAGGUUCAGCAGUUACACAAGCUUAGUGUUGAAUUACAAAAACAAAAAUUUUCUGCUGCCGCUGAUAGUCUCCGUUGA